AAGAGAGAGAGAGAGGGGGGGAGCAGUGGCCUUGCCUGCCACACCACAGUGGUGGAAGGAAAGGGAACGAGAGGGGAAAAAAAACCCGAUCUCCUCCCACUCCGAUCGCCUCCUCCCCCGCCCGACCGCCGCUUCCGAAAGCUUCCCUCCCCCGCCGCGACGCCAUGGAGCCGCACGCGGAGGAAGCGGCCGGAGGAGAGGGCGGCCGCGCGAGCCCCGGCGCCGGCCUCGAAGGGCCGAUGUGGAGGCUGGGGCUGGACGGCGCCAACGGCGGCGGGGAGGGGGAGGAGGCGGCGCGGCUGCCGGAGCGGCCGGGCGAGGCGGACUGCGGCUACUACCUCCGCACGGGCGCCUGCGGCUUUGGGGAGCGAUGCCGCUACAACCACCCACGCGAUCGCGGCGGCACUGAAUUUGGUGGAGGUGCAAAGAAUGGAGCAGCAUCAGACUUCCCAGAACGAUUGGGUCAACCUGUAUGUGAGUAUUAUUUGAAGACUGGGAGUUGUAAAUUUGGUUCCAAUUGCAAAUAUCACCAUCCUAAGCAAGAUGGAUCUGUGCAAUCUGUUGUGUUAAACAACAAUGGGUUCCCUCUGCGCCCGGGUGAGAAAGAAUGCUCCUACUAUAUGAAGACUGGGCAUUGCAAGUUUGGUCCUACAUGUAAAUUUCAUCAUCCAGAAUUUGGUGGUGUUCCGGUGAUCCCUGGAAUAUAUCCACCAUUACAAUCAGCAUCUGUGCCCUCCCCCCAUACAUAUGCUCCUCUUGCAAAUUGGCAAAUGGGAAGGUCGCCUGUAGUUCCUGGAUCAUAUAUACCAGGCUCAUACACUCCGAUGAUGCUCUCAUCUGGAAUGGUUCCAUUGCAAGGAUGGAGCCCUUAUCCGGCAUCAGUAAACCCUGUAGCAUCAGCUGGAGCACAACAAACUGUUCAAGCUGGACCAUUAUAUGGCAUUGGACACCAUGGAUCUUCAGCCACAAUUGCUUAUGGCGGUCCGUACAUGCCAUAUUCUCCCUCAAAUGGACAAUCUAGCAAUAAUCAGCAGGAACAUGGAUUCCCUGAGCGGCCAGGGCAGCCUGAGUGUCAGUAUUACAUGAGGACUGGAGAUUGCAAAUUUGGAGCUACAUGUAAAUAUCAUCAUCCACGAGACUGGAGCGCUCCUAAAUCCAAUUAUAUGUUCAGCUCUCUUUGCCUUCCACUUCGUCCGGUGAGCAGCCUGAACAUGGGUGCUCAGCCAUGUGCGUACUUUGCCCAAAAUGGAUAUUGCAGAUAUGGAGUUGCAUGCAAAUAUGAUCACCCAAUGGGUACACUAGGCUACAGUUCAUCUGCUUUGCCCCUAUCUGACAUAUCAAUUGCUCCCUAUCCUCUCGGCUUCCCUGUUGCCACAUUGGCUCCAUCUUCAUCUUCCCCAGAUCUAAGGCCAGAAUAUAUUUCAACUAAAGACCCUUCUGUCAACCAAGUAGUGUCACCAGUGGCAACACCCGAGCCUGUUGGAGCAAUCUUGCCAAAAGGGGUUUUCCCUCCAGACACUAUCAUGCGAGCUCAGACUUCUACCGCAGGUGGCAGCAGUUCAAGCCCUGGUGGUGGUCACUAAUUUUUCUGAGCUGAGUGGAGUGAUCCUCUCAGCACAAUUUUUCUAUCACUUGAUACAGUUCCGAUAGGCCUCUCCAAUGUGAAUAAGAAGCUGUGGCCUCCUUAGAGAAGGCUCGGCGAGGGUGGUUUUCUCUACCAUCACAAUAAGAGCAUUUGAUAGGCUACAAGCAAGCUCAAUUCACUUGCAAUUUUUGCGUUCUUCUGUUCAUGCCCAAAACGGGAAAAAGGAAGGUUUUUGAAUGCAAGGUUAGAUAACUUGUUUGGCGCGGUGAGACUUGGAUCCAUUCCCUCGGUGAAAAAUACUCAGGCAAGAAAAUUUUCAUUGUUAUCAGGAAAAUUUUAACAUGCAAGAGGUUACUGGGUUUUGCUCCUCCACCUUCCAAAUUUCUUUUUUCCUUUUUCCUGUAUAUUGUCAUAUAUUACAUACAUAUAUCAUCAACAGACUUGAGAUUUGUAGCUACAUAUAUAUGUCCAUACUGGGAGCAAGGCGCAUUGUAACGGACAAGGAAUGCUUAAAUUAAGAGGCCUUGCUGUCAUACUUAAAAGGUUGUAUCGAUGAGGUCAACUUCACACUUCA